CCCUCCGCCAUCCGCUCCCCCUCCCCGCCUCUCCUUUAACUCCCCCCUCCUGGGCUCGGGACUGGUUUCCUCCCUUAGCCCGCUGCCCUCAAUCCCGGCGAGGCUGGGGCUCCGGCUCGGCGUCCCCAUCCUCGCUCCCUCUCCUGGCACCCCAUGCUGCCCCCACCUGGACCCUGGCUCCCCCAGCCCCCUACUUAGGCCGGCGCACAAACCUCGGGGUGCUGGCGCGUGGGCCGGGGCCGCGGAGGGCGCCUGCAGACAGCCCCUGCAAGGGCUCGUGGGGCUGAAGGCUCUGGAGCGGGGGCGCGGGGACAGCAGGAAGCGGUCCGCGUGGGACCCGGGGACAGCGGCCACCCGCGGGGUGAUCGGGGCUGAACAGCCUGCUGGCCGCGGCAGUCACCCCCGGGGGUGAGCGACUUUGGGGGAGUUGGUGCCCCGCCCCCCAGGCCUUGGCGGGGUCAUGGGGGCCCCCCAUUCUGGGCUGGGGGGUGUGCAAGCUGGGGCCCUGCUGCUUCUGGCGUUUUGGGGGCUGGUGUCUGGGCUCAGCCUGGAGCCUGUCUACUGGAACUCAGCGAAUAAGAGGUUCCAGGCAGAGGGUGGUUAUGUGUUGUACCCUCAGAUUGGGGACCGGCUAGACCUACUUUGCCCCCGGGCCCGGCCUCCUGGUCCCCACUCCUCUCCUAAUUAUGAGUUUUAUAAGCUGUACCUGGUAGAGGGUGCCCAGGGCCGGCGCUGUGAGGCACCCCCUGCUCCAAACCUCCUCCUCACGUGUGACCGGCCAGACCUGGAUCUGCGCUUCACCAUUAAGUUCCAGGAGUACAGCCCCAACCUGUGGGGCCACGAGUUCCGCUCACACCGAGACUACUACAUCAUCGCCACAUCAGAUGGAACCCGAGAAGGCCUGGAGAGUUUGCAGGGUGGCGUGUGCCUGACCAGAGGCAUGAAGGUGCUUCUCCGAGUGGGACAGAGUCCCCGAGUAGGGGCCAUCCCCCGAAAGCCUGUGUCUGAAAUGCCCAUGGAGAAAGACAGAGGGGCGGCUCACAGCCUGGAGCCCGGGAAGGAGAGCAUGCCAGGUCUGUUCUGUUCUUCCCUAGCAUCUUCCUCCUUACAUCUUCUUUACCCUUUGGCUUUUUCCCUGCGCCUCUCCCGUCUCCCGGGUGGGCGGCAAAGCACUUGUUCCCUUAGCUCUCAGCCCGCUUCUGACCUCUCACACCAACCACUGUCCUCAGUCCGCCAAAAACGGGGGCCUUACGGGGAAGGCUCUGGCGCUCCACCCCAGCUCAGGGCAUGGGUGGCAGGGGCCUCUGCCCUGCCCCAAGCCGCUACCUUCUUACUCCAGCCAUUUGGGGUGGUUGGGCCAUGACAGCUACCACGAGAAGAAGUGUCCUGUUUUGUCCAGUGGCUGACAGCAAGAUAUGAACCAGUUGGGACAUUGUGCACUUGGUCUGAUGUUGAAUGGGCCACUUGGGACAGAAAUGACUUUCUCCAGACAAGAAGUGACCAGGCCUGGACAGAAAUGGCCUGGAAAGUGGCAGAAGCAGUGCAGAGGAACGGAAGUGCCUUCAUCCAGGACAGGAAGUAGCACUUCUGAAACAGGAAGUGGUCUGGCUGGAACUCACGUGGCCUAGGCUGGGGUUGGGGUGGGGAGUGGAUGGUUCUUACCCUGUGGAGAAGGAGGCAAGAGGAACUUCCUGUUUUAGGAGGAAGCGGGAACUCUGACUGAGAGGCAGAGGUGGACGGAGGAAGACUUGCCUAGUAUUCAGUGGCACUUCCCAGGAACUCCUUUCCCACGUGUUCUGUGUGAUUUUAAGACAGCUAAGAUGACUGCCGUCCGCGUGGCAGGCCCCAUUUGUCCUGUGUGCCCCUUCCCGUAUCUCAGUAUAAUGUCUGUUAAUACAUCUGGGGACUACCCCAAAGCCCAUCCCUUGGUAACCAGAUGACCGUCUUGUUCACUGCAUCUUCCCUUCAAAGCCAGUAAUGGCUUCCUUCUUAGUGACCAAAAUGGUGGUCUCCCAACUGGUCUAGCUGCCAGUGGUACUUAGAAAUGGCCACUGUCUGCAUCGUCACCAGCCUAUACCUCUUCCUGCCCUCUAGUGCAGUUGGCCGUUGCCAACAGUUUCCUCCCAGCUCAGUUUUAUUAGAUCGAAGCUGCCCUUGGACAUCGAGUCACCACCUCAGUCACCAGCCAAGAUGGUUGCUUUGUCCACCAGAGGUCAAGUCAUCUCUCUGAUGCUGUGGUUCCCAGCUCCUUUCCGGGAACAGGAAGUUGAUAUUGCCAUGGGGGAGGUGGCGGGGUACGGCCGUCACCUCGAUAGUUUUACUGUAAAAGGGAAAUUUGAACAACAAAAACCAAAAAAAAUAAUAAAAAACUUCAAAAGUU